AUGGAUAAUGGGACACAGUUUGAUAACGACACCUUCAGAGAAUUCCUGUCCAAACAAGGAACCACAAUUUUCUAUGCCUCCCCAGCACAUCCACAGACCAAGCGCCGAGUGAAACCCUUAAACAAGCUCAUCAAGCAAAACUUGAAGAAACGCUUGGAAGAUGCCAAAGGAUUGUGGGUUGCCAAGCUCCCGGAGGUCCUCUGGACACUUCGUACCAUCCUAACAACAGCUACAGGUGAAUCCCCGUACCUCUUGUUCUAUGGCACCGAGGCAGUAAUUCCUAUGGAAAUAGAGGUCCCAAGUGAACGUGUCACGGCAUAUGAUCCCGAGAUGAACGUCACGGGAUUAAGACUUAACAUGGAUCUCCUGGAAGAGCGCCGAGACAAGGCACACCUCAGGAAUGUCAACUACAAAUAG